ACUCCAGAGCUCCAGGGUUUUUAAGCAGCCGUGCCCCAUUUCUCCUGUCAGUGAGGGAGCAGGGUGAGGGUGUGACGUCAGUCCCAGCGCGCCCGCCCUCUCUCUCCCCCCGCGCAUGCGUAGUGGGAGGUUUGUCUCACACAGGGUGGGGGGGCAGUCAGUCGCACGCAGCUUGUCGCACUCGCUGUGACUCGUUGGGAUUUGCGGUUACCGGUAGCAGGAGAGUCGGGGUUACGGCCCGAGCAGCAGCAACAGGCCUCGGAGGCUCUGCGGCCGACAGACUUCCGCUACUCUACACUUUUUCCCUUUGUUGUUACCCCCUUUUCCCCGGGGUGAGCCCGCACCUCCCCCGUCCCUCCCCGGGCCCUCCCUAUUCCCCCUCAACCAACCCCAGUGUCAUCACCAGCACCUUCCAGCCGACGAUGCGACGGCCCGAGCCCGGGGAGGAUCAAUGCGGCCCCCUUCCCUAGGAUGUCAACCGAGGACAAGAGCCUAGAGUCCGCCUGUGAGCAGCCUGGGCCCCUGGCCCCUGCAAGCCCCGCAGCCACGGACAAAAGACCCCGGGGCCGCCCCCGGAAAGAUGGUGCCCGCAAGAAACCUCGGAGUAGAGGAAAAACUGCAUUGGAGGAUGAAGAUAGCAUGGAUGGGCUUGAUGCAGCCGAACCCGAGAAUUCUGCUGAGACAGACGUCAAGGAACAGCCUGCAGGGGAUGGAGCGCAGACUGGGGCCGACGGCACCGACCAGCUAACACCCCCCCUCCAGCGCUCGCUCUCCGAGGAGUCUGAGCUCUCCACCGUCUCUGUUGGAGUUGAAGCCAAAACCAGUGAACAACUUUGCGCCUUCUGUUACUGUGGUGAGCGAAGCCUUUUGGGCCAAGGGGAAUUAAAGCAAUUUAGUCCGACGCCAGACUAUAUCCUCCCCUGGAAAACUCGGCCUGAAAAGAGAGACCCCGAAGAUGGCGACGGAGUCUGCAAAACCACCGGCCGAGCCGCGAAGCAAAAAAAAGCAAAAUCUCCAUCGCACGAUGUCACGUCGACGACCGUAAGCACCCAAACCGCAUCUGACGAACCGACGGGCAAAUCCUGGGAUGAGCUGUGUCAGGUUGGCCUGCCAGAUGACGUCGGUGUCCAAGCCUUAUUUGAGUCGACAGGUCACUGCUGGGCUCAUCACCGCUGUGCGGAAUGGUCACCAGGCGUUUAUCCGACCGAAGAUCGGGGACUGGUCAACGUGGACAGAGCAGUCGUCUCAGGGAGCACAGAACGAUGUGCACACUGUAAGCACCUUGGCGCUACUAUCAAAUGCUGUGAAGAGAGCUGUCCGCACACGUACCAUUACCCCUGUGCUGCCGGGGCCGGCGCCUUUCAGGAUCUCGCGUGUUUUUCCCUUCUCUGCCCGGAGCACAUCGACCAGGCUCCUGAGAGAUUUAAAGAUGAUGCCAACUGUGCGCUCUGUGACAGCUCCGGCGACCUGUCCGACCAGCUCUUCUGUACCACGUGCGGCCAGCAUUACCACGGCAUGUGUCUGGACAUCGCCGUCACUCCUUUGAAACAAGCCGGGUGGCAGUGCCCGGACUGCAAAAUCUGCCAAAACUGCAAACACUCUGGAGAUGACAAUAAGAUGCUUGUGUGCGACACUUGUGAUAAAGGCUACCAUACUUUCUGCCUGCAGCCUGUCAUGGACGCCGUACCAACAAAUGGCUGGAAAUGUAAGAACUGUCGGAUCUGCGCCGAGUGCGGGACGCGGACCAGCAAUCUGUGGCAUCUCAACUGUUUAAUCUGUGACGCCUGCUUCCAGCCGCAGGACGACGCUCUGUGCCCGCUCUGCGAGAAGAGCUGCCAGCCGGACGCUCACAAACACGCGCUGCACUGUCACGUGUGCAAAAGGUGGAUUCAUCUAGACUGUGAAAAAUGUGCAGAAGUGGAUAUAGAAGACCAUUUGAAAGAAGACUACGUGUGUUCCUUGUGCAAACAGCUGGAAGUCGAGGAGGUGACGGGCGAGGACUGUAUUGUAAUGGAGAUCGCCGAGUCGGGCGCUAUUUGCACAGGAGAGAUGGAAGUGGAAACGGGUGAAAAAAAUGCAUUUCAAGACGAAGCACUUAACCAGGAUAUCGCCAGAGACUCUGCGGCCGUUUGUGUCAAUGAAGCGACACCGGGGCAGUUGGAAGAACGGAGCUUGCAAAGCGAUGACACAGAAGAAAUGGACGUUUCGCCAUCUGAGGUUGCGCCGAGUGUCCCUGCGGAGGACCUCGGGAGCCCUGGGUGUGAGACACGCACGUCACGGCCGCUUGGUCCUACCCCAGGAGUAACUGAGAUCCCGCAGGUUGGAGCAGAGUCCCCCACCGAGAAUAAAAAUGAACCGCAACGUUCUUCUCCGGUCUUAGAGGCUUCACGUAACUCACCCGAGCCUCCCACGUCUCAGAACAAGAAUGAAGCUUGUUCUAAUGGCGAUGAGCACUUUGAUUUAGGCGGGGGUCACAAACGCAUUUCAGCAAAAAAGGAAGAGCCUCUUAUUUCCGAGGGAGCGGACCUCCUGGAGACGGAAGCCACCCCUACUAGCGAAUCCUUUACCGAAGCCAGCUCGCCGUCGGGGGACAAAACCUUAAAGUCGCCUGUGGAUCUGGAUUCUCCCGUUCCAUCUGUUGAUACCAGUAAGACCAGCGUGUCGUCCUCACCAGCAGUCUCCAUAGACUUUCAUUCCUCCGCCGACGUGUUUCAGAGUCAUACGCCGCUCCAUAGCUAUAGCGCAGGGAAUGCCUUGUCAACGACGUUUAUAUCCGUGACUCCAAAAAUCGGCAUGGGUAAGCCAGCUAUCACCAAAAGGAAGUUUUCUCCCGGCAGACCAAGAUCUCGACAGGGGGCUUGGAGUACCAAUAAUACAGUGAGCCCACCUUCCUGGUCCGCAGAUGGCUCAGAAGGUUGGGACAUUUAUAAAAGCAGACAGCUUCUCGGCAACCCAUUGUGGAGCAUCAAAGUGGGUCGAGGCUCAGGAUUUCCUGCCAAGAGAAGACCGCGGGGUUCCGGACUCUCAGGGCGCGGGGGAAGGGGCCGAUCCAAAUUAAAAACUGCCAUAGGGAACUUCAUAGUUCCAGGGGUAACCACGACCGAUGUCUCGUCAUACAGAGAGGAGGAAGAAACCUCCAUGCACAACACGGUCGUCUUAUUUUCCACAAGCGACAAAUUUACGUUACAUCAGGACAUGUGCGUGGUGUGCGGGAGUUUUGGCCAAGGCGCCGAAGGAAGGCUGCUCGCCUGCUCACAGUGCGGCCAGUGCUACCAUCCGUACUGCGUCAGUAUUAAGAUCACUAAAGUUAUCCUCCGGAAAGGCUGGCGGUGCUUGGAGUGCACGGUGUGCGAGGCGUGCGGGAAAGCCACGGAUCCUGGACGGUUACUGCUGUGCGACGACUGCGACAUCAGCUAUCACACCUACUGUCUCGACCCCCCGCUACAGACCGUGCCCAAGGGAGGGUGGAAGUGCAAAUGGUGUGUGUCCUGUACCAAUUGCAAAGCAAUAACCCCAGGUUUACGAUGCGAGUGGCAGAACAAUUACACCCAGUGUGCCCCCUGCGCCAGUCUGUCCACCUGCCCGGUCUGCUGCCAAAACUACACCGAGGGCGACCUCAUUCUGCAGUGCCGGCAGUGCGAUCGGUGGUCGCACGGAAGCUGCCAAAAUCUGAACACGGAGGCAGAAGUAGAAAUGGCGGCGGACGGAGGCUUCGAUUGCGCCAUGUGCAAACCGUUCGGCUCGCCUCCGCGCGGUAAGAGCUUCUCCAAUGCAGGUUUGGAAGACUGUGAAUCACCGAUUGAUGCUCAGAUUGUCCCAAAAACUAGAGAACCAGAUCCCCUGAAGACCUUCACCCAGGACGGCGUGUGUCUGACCGAGUCCGGGCUGUCCCAGUUACAGAGCUUGACCAUCACGGUGGGACGGAGAAAAAGAUCAAAACCCAAACUGAAGUUAAAGAUCAUCAAUCAGAACAGCGUGGCGGUGCUUCAGACCCCGCCGGACCCGCAGUCCGAGCUCUCCCGCGAUGGGGAGAUGGACGACAGUCGAGAAGGUGAUCUCAUGGACUGCGACGUCAAAUCUGACUCCAGUCCGGAGCGAGAGCCGAUCGAUGACGACCCAAAGGGGGGCGAAGCAAUAGACGGGCUGAAGAAAAGGAAGAGAAAGCCAUACAGGCCAGGCAUCGGUGGGUUUAUGGUGCGUCAGAGAAGCCGAACUGGUCAAGGAAAAGCCAAGAAGACUCUUUCUAGGAAAGAUUCUUCCGGUUCCGUUUCCGAACUUCUUCCGAGCAGAGAUGAGAGUUGGAGUGAACAGCUCCCAGAAAUGAACAUCGAUGAAUGCGCUCCCGGCUCUGAUAAUACGGAGAAAAUAAAGAAACGCUACCGGAAAAAGAAAAACAAACUAGAAGAGACGUUCCCGGCCUAUUUACAGGAGGCUUUCUUUGGAAGGAAUCUCUUGGACACCAGUAAACAGAGCAAGACCAGCAUGGAGAAUUUGUCCGAGGACGCAUCCCAGCAGCUGUAUAAGGCAAAUGUCAGCAGCUCCUUCCUGGACCCGUCGUGUGACCCUUUGCUCAGCUCAGCUGCCACCUUAACGCCUUCCAAACCGAAUGAAGGCGGCCCUCCGGACCCCCUCACUGAUCUCUCUGAGGUGUUGAACACGGACGAUGAUAUCCUUGGAAUCCUUUCCGACGAUCUCGUGAAAUCUACGAAUCAAUCUGGUCUUGAUUUAUGCACUUUCCAGGUCGUGAAUGCAUCUUCUCCUUUUGCCGGGCUCGAUAUUAGCGCCAUCUCGGAUGAUUCGUCGUCUUUGCCUCAUACGAGCGUCACCCAGAGCGCUCGGCCUUUAUGUGAAGAUCAGCUGGACGGGAUCCUGAGCCCAGAACUUGAUAAAAUGGUUACAGAUGGUGCGAUCUUGGGGAAACUUUAUAAAAUUCCAGAGCUUGAAGGAAAAGAUGUUGAAGAUUUAUUUACUGCUGUCCUGAGUCCCGUAGCCACCCAUCCGCCAUCUUUGCCACAACCUCCACCACCUUCAGCUCCUUCUCAUCCUCAUCCUCCACAUACACCGCUCUUGCCUUUGCACAACCAGGGUGAUGGUCUUUUUCCAAGAAUGCCUUUGGUCAACGGCUUAAUGCCACCCAAUGCACACCUUCAGCACAAUCCGCUGCCUCCCGGGCGAGGUCUCGGCCCGUUCUCUCCGUUGAAUCAGCCGUCGUAUGCUGAUAACAGGGAUAAGAACCCCUUGUACCAUGGAAUGAUGGCAGACCCUGCUAAUACGUGGACCGCGCAGCCCCCCAUUAUGGAGACGGAAGCAGAUACCAUGUCCAACGCGCAGCGCAGUACGCUAAAGUGGGAGAAGGAGGAAGCGCUUGGGGAAAUGGCCACCGUCGCCCCUGUGUUGUACACCAACAUCAACUUCCCAAACCUGAAGGAUGAGUUUCCCGACUGGUCUACGAGGGUUAAACAGAUUGCGAAACUUUGGAGGAAAGCUAGUUCCCAAGAAAGGGCCCCAUAUGUGCAAAAAGCCAGAGAUAACCGAGCCGCGUUACGCAUAAAUAAGGUGCAAAUGUCAAAUGACUCGCUGAAAAGACAGCAGCACGACAUCAUCGAGCACAGUUCCCGCAUUGAAUCGGAUAUGUUUAAAGAUCCUCUGAAGCAAAGAGAGUCUGAGCACGAACAGGAAUGGAAAUUCAGACAGCAAAUGCGUCAGAAGAGCAAGCAGCAGGCGAAAAUCGAAGCCACGCAAAAACUCGAGCAAGUGAAGAGCGAGCAGCAGCUGCAGCAACAGCAGUUUGGGAGCCAGCACUUGAGUCAGUCCGGAAGCGACACCCCAAAUAGCGGGAUACAGAGUCCUUUAACCCCUCAGCAAAGCAGUGGAAGCAUCUCUCCCCUUCAGCAGUCGUUCAAUAAAGACCCUUUUCCUAAGAAUUCAGUUCCUGGGACACCAAACCCAUUCUCAGAUGAUGUUUUUCUAAAACCACAAGCUCCCCCUCCAACCCCCACUAGACUACCUUUACAGGAGUCCCAAACAUCUCAGCCUCAUUCACCACAAAUGUUCUCUCCUGGGUGUUCAAACUCUAGACCAAGCUCUCCUGUCGAUCCUUAUGCUAAAAUGGUAGGGACACCAAGGCCUCCUCCAACAGGACAGGGAUAUCAUAGAAGGAACUCUGGGUCACCCAUGGAUGUUUGUGCUCCCAGGCUGACCACCAGCGGUGAUGGAUGUGGCAGUAGACCAUCUCCAGUAAGAGACUCCAGUUCCUCUCCCAUCAAUGGUGAUCUUUCCAUUAAGUUGGCUGAUUCCCAAAGAGCUUUAAUAACAGAGCAAUUCCCUAAGCCACUGGGCAUAGCAAGGAUGCCUCCUAACGCAGACCAGUCAGGAGAUGGCUCUGUGUUGCCUGGAGGCAACGACCCUUUCACAAAAUUUUCUUCUAGAUCUGAAAAGUUUCAAAGGCAACAAGUGGGGCCGGGAAAAAUGAUUGAUGCAUACUCAAGGCCACCUCCGACUCCCACCCCAGGUGCUGUGGAUGGUAACCCAGCUCCCUUUAAAACUCCCAUGCGUCCACCUCAAUCCCCACAGGAUUCCUAUGCUUCAGUGCCCACAACACCCAGGCGUAUGUCCUUAGAUCCUUAUGAGAGACCUGUUUUAACACCAAGACCAGCUGAAAACUUCUCACAUGAUCCUUACAGCCAAGCAUCUCACAUUAAUCGAUCCCCAUUGAACGAUCCAUUUGGACAUCCACCUAGGCUAAUGAGACAGCAGAGCGACCCCAUGUCCCAAUCUGCUUCUCAGCCAAGGCUAAAUGCACAGGAUCCAUAUGCUCAGCCUCCAGGAACACCUCGUCCGGUAGCUAACCCAUAUUUACCAUCCCCCACUGUAUCACGGUCUGCAGUCGACCCUUAUCUUCAACAGCCAUCAACCCCGAGACCAUCCGUACAAUCUAUGGAUUCCUACAGUCAGCAGCCUUCUGCUACUAGGCCUCCUAUUGGAGAUGUAUUUGUUUCACCCAAUGCAAGUAAGAGACACCAUGAUUUUGUUCAGGCGUCAGGUGUACCUAGGCCUGUUAUGGAUCCAUAUUCCCAGCAACCAAGCACACCAAGACCUGUCUCAUUGGAUCCAUAUUCUCAGCCACCAGGGACACCACGGCCUAUUCUUUCAGAUCCAUAUUCUCAGCCACCAGGGACACCACGGCCGGUUUCUUCAGAUCCAUAUGCUCACCCACCAGGAACGCCGCGACCAGGUCCAUCAGAUCCAUAUGCUCACCCACCAGGAACGCCGCGACCUGGUCCAUCAGAUCCAUAUGCUCACCCACCAGGAACGCCCCGACCAGGUCCAUCAGAUCCAUAUGCUCACCCACCAGGAACGCCCCGACCAGGUCCAUCAGAUCCAUAUGCUCACCCACCAGGAACGCCCCGACCAGGUCCAUCAGAUCCAUAUGCUCACCCACCAGGAACGCCCCGACCAGGUCCAUCAGAUCCAUAUGCUCACCCACCAGGAACGCCCCGACCAGGUCCAUCAGAUCCAUACACUCACCCACCAGGAACACCCCGACCAGGUCCAUCAGAUCCAUAUGCUCACCCACCAGGAACGCCGCGACCAGGUGCAUCAGAUCCAUAUGCUCAUCCACCAGGAACGCCGCGACCAGGUGCAUCAGAUCCAUAUGCUCACCCACCAGGAACGCCGCGACCAGGUGCAUCAGAUCCAUAUGCUCAUCCACCAGGAACGCCGCGACCAGGUCCAUCAGAUCCCUAUUCUCAGCCGCCAGGAACGCCGCGGCCAGGACCAUCAGAUCCCUAUUCUCAGCCACCAGGAACGCCGCGACCAGGUCCAUCAGAUCCAUAUUCUCAGCCUUCUCGAACACCUAGACCUGUUCUUUCUGAUCCUUAUUCGCAACCACCAAGAACGCCAAUGCCUGGUAUCCCUGACAACUUUAGCCGUUCUCCUGUGGUUAGGACAGGUUUAAUUUCCAACCAUGAUCCCUUCCUGCAGCCUACACAAAUUAGAGGAACAGCUUUGCAGUCUCCUUUUAUGAGACCAUCAGACCCAAGCCCACAAAAUUCACGUCCAUCAGGUUCAACAGAUAUUUUUGGAAGUUCGACCGGUCCUACACAUGAUCCAUACGAUCAGCCUCCAGCUACCCCUCGAAUGCAAACACUUGACGCAUUCGGCGAUGCUCACGAUGUUGGAGAUCCACAAAGAACUUUAUCAGAGGAACAUUUCAACACCUCUUCCAAUAUGGUCAGUCCUCAAGGUCAACAAUAUCCUAGCAUUCAACAAGUAACCGCUGCUGGAGGUCCAGACGCACAGAACUCAUUAAGCUUGUCCCAGGCAGACUCUGAAGAGAAGCUGAGACAGCGUCUAAAGUUGCGGGAGGUUAUUCUCAGACAGCAGCAACAAAAAAAUUCUGUUCGCCAGGAAAAGGCAAUGGGUGACCCGCUGCAAAUCGACCAAGGUGGGCUCGCCUCGCAGUGGCAGCAAGAGCAUCUACACCGGCCGAACGAGGUCUUUAAUAGGCCUCCUCCACCUUACCCUGGCAACGUAAGAGCUCCGCUCGGCACCAAAGGAAGCCCACGAUUCCCCUCUUUCACCAAAGAGCAACAUGCGCCAUUUACUGGAAGUGGGCAAUUUAACAGACCGCAGUUUCCAGGAGACUUUUCCGGCAUGGGCAUGCGGCCACCACCUGGCCACAGAUUUGCCUAUCCCAUGGCUGGCCCUAGUUCUGGGCGUGAGCGCUUCAUAGGUCCACCAUUACAAAUGCAGGUUCCCGGUGAUCCUCAGCAGAUGAGAAGAGAGAUGCCUCAACUCACUAGACCUUUAAGUAACAACUCACAAAUGAGUUCAGUUGGCCUUGCCCCGCACUUUCUCCAUCAAGGAAUGCCAGUUCAGCAGCAUAACCUAUCGGGUCAGGCAUACAUCGAACUGCGGCACAGGGCCCCAGAUGGCCGGCCAAGGCUAUUUUUUGGGCUUCCUCCUAAUCUAAUGGAUGCAAAUUCCCAACAUCCAAGGCACGUCGGCUAUUUCCCUAGGCCAGAUUUUCAGGGUCAGAGACUAAUGGACCCAGUACGUGUUUCCCAUUCAGGUCUAGCUAACCAAAUGACUCCAAAUUUGGAAGCCUUUAUGACAUCCCCUCAACAAGGACAUUUUAAUCCCGAACAUCAGCCUGCUCUCAUGAUGCGUGGAAUUGGUCAACCUCCAACCAAUGACCAUUAUUUACAGUCUGCUUUAGCUUUGGUAAAUCCAAACGAGGAAGCCGGCGGUUUACCCAUCGCUAAUCAGCCUUCCGAUCACUUGGAAGAAAAGCUUGACCCGGAAGAUCCCUCCGAGAAAGACCUGGACGUCAAGGACUUGGUCGGCGUUGAAGUUAAGGAUAUAGACGAUGACCUCGCAAAUAUAAACUUAGAUCCAGAUGACGGGAAGGGCGAUGAGAUGGAUUCUCUGGAUAAUCUUGACACAAAUGAUCCUCAGCUAGAUUACCUUCUGAGAUCUGGUGAAUUUGACAUCAUCGCUUACACCGAUCCAGAACACGACCUUGAAGAUAAGAAAGACAUGUUCAAUGAGGACUUGGAUCUUGGCGUACCUAUUGAUGAUAAGAUAGACGUCCGUUCUAAGAACGAAGAAGUAGGAAUAAGGGAGGAAUCCGAAGCAAAGUCUACUUCUCCUGGAUCAGUGUCUGUGCAGAAAGAUAAAAUAAAGACAGAAAUAAUCUCACCCAAUUUAGCGGAUAAACCAACGUCCGAUAUUAAAUGCGAGCGCAAUGCCGAAGCAACGGGGGCUCAAAAGCAAGCUGAAGAAGUCUCUUGCCGUGUUGAGCAGUCAAACCAAGAACUUAACCCAAGUAUAUCCGAAGACCCGACUCAGCUACCUGCUCAGGAUAUUUUAAGCACAUGUGGCCUUCCAGAAUCCACACCAGUACUUACAGGUCUAUUAACAAGUGACAAUCCUGAGCAUUCCGAGGUGCAAACAUUGGGUUCUCCGUCCGGAGCCAUGCCAGCAGAUUUGCUGCCCGACGUUUCUCAAAAUGUAGCGGCGCCCCCCGGCCCUCUACUGGACCAUUCUUUGAAUAAUAACAUGGGAGUGAGGCUUAGCCAUGAAUUUUCCCAAGGGUCACCUGGUUCUGGUUUUAUUCCUGGUCAGGCAGUCGGCCAUAACUUCAUCUCCGGGGAAGCUCCUGGCCAAACCGUGCCUCUCGCUAAUACUCCGUGUUCGAGCCUGCCAGGGGCCCAGGCGGUAAUGAUCCAACAAAACCGAGAGAGACCGCUCCUCUUGGAAGAACAGCCCUUAUUGCUGCAAGAUCUUUUAGACCAAGAAAGACAGGAACAGCAGCAGCAAAGGCAAAUGCAAGCCAUGAUCCGUCAGAGGUCCGAGCCGUUUUUCCCUAAUAUUGAUUUUGAUGCAAUUACUGAUCCCAUCAUGAAGGCAAAGAUGGUGGCCUUAAAAGGCAUCAACAAAGUAAUGGCGCAAAACAAUAUGGGGAUGCCACAGAUGGUGAUGAACCGAUUUCCCUUUAUGACACCGCAGGUGCCCGGGGCUCAGCCGAAUGAACGCCCCAAUAUAAUUCAGCAAACCAUUUCCCAGGAUGGAAGUCUAGCUCCGCAGAUGAUUAGGCCCAAUCCCCCCAACUUUGGACCUGGUUUUGUCAAUGAUUCUCAGAAGCAGCAGUACGAGGAGUGGCUGAAGGAGACUCAGCAGCUUCUUCAAAUCCAGCAAAAGUUCCUGGAAGAGCAGAUUGGCGCGCACCGUAAAUCUAAAAAAGCCUUAUCUGCCAAGCAGCGCACCGCGAAGAAGGCAGGACGGGAAUUCCCCGAGGAGGACGCCGAGCAGCUGAAACACGUCACGGAACAGCAAAGCAUGGUCCAGAAACAGCUGGAACAGAUUCGAAAGCAACAAAAGGAACACACGGAGCUUAUUGAAGAGUACAAAAAUAAGCAGCAUACCAAAUUUUCAGUGCCGCCUAUGAUGCCUGGAGUCCAACCUCAACAAACAUUUGUUCCGGGGCCUCCACCUUCCCUGACUCAGCAAGGCUUCCCCAUCCCGCAAGCUCUGCACCCUCAGGGACCUUUGAUACCCGGACAGCCUAGUCCGGCCAGGAUGCCCAACCUACCAGGAUGGCAGCCUCCAAAUACCCCCAGAGCCCUCGUCCAGAUGAACGCCCCAAGAAUGCAGCUCGCUUUAAACGCAGACGUUCCUGCCUCGGCAGCCGCCAACCCCAACGCUCCUCCAAGGGUCCACUUUGAUGACAACAACCCCUUCAGUGAAACGUUCCAAGAACGGGAACGUAAAGAACGGUUACGAGAACAGCAAGAGCGGCAGCGGAUACAGCUCAUGCAGGAGGUUGAUCGCCAUCGAAACCUGCAGCAGAGGCUGGAGAUGGAGAAACCGAGCGGAGGCGACGUGAAUAACCGCUCUUUGCAACAGAUGCCGUUUUACUCUUCCGAGUUACCCAGUGAUUUCAUGCAGUCUCCGCAACCUCAAACGGGCCAUCCCCUGCCGCAGCAGGGCUCCCCUACAGCCGCCCCUUUUAUCCAGACGUCCGAGCGGAGGCUGGCGGGGCAGUCGCCAUUUAGACAAGACGCGCAGCCCGGUUCAGUAGAUCCCGCUCUUCAGACCGUUAAACAGUCACCUGGAAGCGUUUCUGGAUCUGGGUUUCCACAAGCCCACGCUAGACCCUCCUUUAUGACCAAUGUCCCCUCUGCGUCUCCGAGAGCUGAUAGGGGGGACCCCUGCGGCCAAAACCCUUCUGCGGUUAAUACAGCAGGCUAUCAGGGGCAAAGUCAGUCUCUCGUCCAGCUCUAUUCCGAAAUCAUUCCCGAAGAAAAAAAUAAAAAGAGGAGGACCAGGAAAAAGGAAGAAGAUAUGGAAUCUAUCAAGUCGCCGUCAACCCCGCGUUCCGACACAACUGCGCCUUUGACACCAUGUCUUUCGGGAGCUUCGACGCCGUUAGUCAAUGUUCCCAAUGACCUCGGCGGUCAAGAAGAACGUGCUGGCGACGCCGUUCGUUCAUCAACCCCCAACUGUGCUAAUAACAACUCGACGGAGUUUGAAGAUCCACUUCUCCCUGCCGAUGUGAAGCAAAGGUUAUUCGAAGGAGCCAGCCCGGGCCGAGACGCGGACAAGAGCCGCCCAAGACAGGUCCUCAAAAUCCAGGACAUAAAACUGGAGCAGGUGGAGGAGCAGAGCCCCGAGCAAGCCGAGCCUCGAACGCAACGCUCUGCCGGAUUCAAAACAGAAGACGAUAAAGCCGCACCGCACAACGCACUUUCCGUGGAUGUCCCGUUUCAGGCAGCGUCAGGUCCCUCAGGAAACGAGUUGCUGAAACACUUACUUAAAAAUAAGAAGCAGCCUUUAGUAUUGCAGGAGAAGCCGGAGGACGGAUUACGGCCGGAAGAGCGCUUUUCGCUCGAUGUGAAGUUAUCGGACCGGGCGAGCCAAAUGAGCGCCUUGCGUGUGUCAGAACCACCGGGUGGCUUUAACAUGAACCAAAGCUCGCUCCAGAGACCCGAUUUUGAACUGGAUAAAAAGAAACCGAGAAAUAAACGCGCACAAAGAAGCACAGAAAAAGCCACACCGCGCGCUAAAAAGAGAAAGAAGGAGGAAGAGCCCAAACCCUUCAUUUACACCAACUCCGAGACGUUUACGCACGUCAAGCAGCAGAUCUCCCUGCUUCCUCUGAUUGAGCCGAUCGUAGGAAUGAACUUUGCGCACUUUCUUCCCUACGGAACCGGUCCCAUAAGCGCCGGGAGCCGGUUACUCGGUACCUUCGGCAGCGCGUCCCUUGAAGGCGUUUCAGAUUAUUAUUCCCAGCUGAUAUUUAAGCAAAAUAAUUUGAGCAACCCGCCGACCCCGCCAGCUUCGCUUCCUCCGACUCCGCCGCCGGUGGCCUGUCAGAAGAUGGUGAACGGUUACGCCACGACGGAAGAGCUUGCUGGCAAAGCUGCCAUAUUAGGGGGCCAUGUUACCAAAGCUCUGGGACCCAAACAAUUUCAGCUGCCUUUCCGAGCCCAGGAUGAUUUAUUAGCGAGAGCCAUGACUCAGGGGCCAAAAUCCGUGGAUGUCCCCGCGUCGUUACCCACCCCACCCCACAACAAUCAGGAGGAGUUAAGGGUUCAGGAUCACUGUGAUGCCAGGGACAGCCCUGACAGCUUUGUACCCUCCUCAUCGCCUGAGAGUGUGGUCGGGAUGGAAAUCAGCCGGUACCCGGACCUGUCGCUAGUGAAGGAAGAGCCCCCGGACCCAGCGCCGUCUCCCAUCAUUCCGAUGCUGCCGAGCAGCACAGGGAAAGGCUCAGAGGCCAGAAUGAAGAGAGAGCCCCCGUCAGGGCCGCUGUUUUUUGGCUCUCAGUUUGUCCCGGCGCCGAAUGGGCCGAAGUCCGGUCUGAUCUCUGUAGCGAUCACUCUGCACCCCGCGGCGGCCGAGAAUAUCAGCGGCGUCGUGGCCGCGUUUGCCGACCUUCUCCAAGUUCGAAUGCCCUCCAGCUAUGAGGUCAGCAGUGCCCCGGAGGCGCCGUCGGUCAUCCUGAUGAACGGCCACCGAAUUAACGCCGGCAUGGACUACAGACAGCUAUUAAUGCAGCGCCAUAAAGCAGGAGCCAUUCCGCCAGCCAGGUUAAUCGGCUCAUACGGAGUGAAGCCACCGAAUCUGCCAUUCAUACCAACGGACAACGGGGUCCCAGGAUACAAACUUCACAAUCCGAGUAUGAGGGAUCCUCCUGUGCGCAAAGAUUCCUGGUGUAGUCACUGCAAGGUAGUGGUUCUGGGAAGUGGUGUUAGAAAAUCACUCAAAGACCUGAGUUUUCUGAAACAGGAGUUUCUUCAGAGUCCAGGAAUGAUGAACGGAGAAAUGGUCUUCUGUAGCAACAACUGCUUCCUGAUGUAUUCUGCCGCGCAAGCAAAACACGGGGAGAGCAAGGAUCACUCCGUAACGCUGCCAUCUUUAAAAGAGGCCCAUCCGAAAUCAUGUCAUCAGUACAGCAACAAUACUUCCACCCUGGACGUCCACUGCCUGCCUCUGCUGCAAGACAAAAACUCCCCUCCGUCGUCACCCCCCAUAUCCUUCCCGCCCGCCGCCUUCGAGACGGCCAAGGUAGAGGCGAAGCCCGACGAGUUAAAAGUCACCGUGAAGUUAAAGCCCCGGCCGAGGGCCAUUCACGGCGGGCUGGACGAUUCUCGACCCUCCGGUAAGAAAUGGAAAGGAAUGAGGUGGAAGAAGUGGAACAUUCAGAUCGUUAUCCCCAAAAUGCCUUUCAAGACUCAAUGUGAGGAUGACAUCGACGAAUUCUUGAGGAGAAUGGGAACAUCGCUGCGGCCGGACCCCCUGCCCAAAGACUUUAGGAAAUGUUGCUUCUGCCAUGAAGAAGGCGACGGAGUCACAGAUGGACCGGCGAGGCUUCUCAACCUGGACCUGGACCUUUGGGUCCAUCUAAACUGUGCUCUUUGGUCCACCGAGGUCUACGAGACACAGGCUGGUGCCUUAAUAAACGUGGAGCUGGCAUUGAGACGAGGUCUGCAGAUGAAAUGUGUGUUUUGUCACAAAUUCGGAGCCACCAGCGGUUGUCACAGGUUAAGGUGCACCAAUAUUUAUCACUUCACCUGUGCGAUAAAAGCACAAUGCAUGUUUUUUAAGGACAAGACUAUGCUUUGCCCCAUGCACAAGCCAAAGGGAGCACACGAGCAAGAACUUACUUAUUUUGCGGUCUUUCGAAGAGUUUACGUUCAGCGGGACGAGGUACGGCAGAUCGCGAGCAUCGUGCAGCGCGGGGAGCGGGACCACACGUUCCGCGUGGGGAGCCUGAUCUUCCACGCCAUCGGUCAGCUGCUCCCGCAGCAAAUGCAGGACUUCCACUCGGCGGCGUCGCUCUACCCGGUGGGCUACGAGGCCAGCAGGUUAUACUGGAGCACGCGCUACGCCAACAAGCGCUGCCGCUACCUCUGCUCUAUUGAGGAAAAGGACAGCCUUCCUCUGUUUGUCGUCAGAGUCGUCGAACCCGGUCAUGAAGACAUGCUGCUCACGGACUCUACGCCCAAAGGUGUUUGGGACAAGGUUCUGGAGCCCGUCGCAAACUGCAGGAAAGGUUCUGAAAUUCUAAGGCUGUUCCCGGUGUAUCUGAAAGGAGAAGAUCUGUUCGGUCUGACCGUCUCGGCUGUCACGCGGAUAGCAGAAUCUCUACCUGGCGUGGAAGCCUGCGAGAACUACACCUUCAGGUAUGGCCGGAACCCGCUGAUGGAGCUCCCCUUGGCCAUCAACCCCACUGGAUGCUCUCGCUCAGAACCCAAAAUGAAUUCCCAUGUCAAGAGGUUUGUGUUAAGGCCGCACACUCUCAACAGCACCAGCACGUCCAAAUCCUUCCAGAGCACAGUAACCGGCGAGCUGAACGCGCCCUACAGCAAGCAGUUCGUCCAUUCCAAAUCCUCUCAGUACCGGAAGAUGAAGACUGAAUGGAAAUCCAACGUGUACCUGGCCAGGUCCCGGAUUCAGGGUCUUGGGUUAUACGCUGCUAGAGACAUUGAAAAGCACACUAUGGUCAUUGAAUACAUUGGAACCAUAAUACGCAAUGAAGUAGCCAACCGGAAAGAGAAGUCAUACGAGUCGCAGAAUCGUGGUGUGUAUAUGUUCCGCUUAGACAACGAUCACGUCAUCGAUGCCACGCUGACUGGGGGACCUGCAAGGUACAUCAAUCACUCGUGUGCUCCUAACUGUGUGGCUGAGGUGGUCACGUUUGAGAAGGGACAUAAGAUAAUAAUCAGCUCCAACCGGAGGAUCCAGAAGGGUGAAGAGCUCUGUUACGACUAUAAGUUUGAUUUUGAAGACGACCAGCACAAGAUUCCGUGCCAUUGCGGUGCCGUUAACUGUCGCAAGUGGAUGAACUGAACGCUACUCCGAGGUUUUACUUGUCCCUGAUAUGUGACGCAGCGUGCAGACAAAAUAUUCAAGGAGGGCGCCGGAAAAGGUUGGCUUUUCAGGAAAGCCCCGGGCGGUCCGUCGGUCCAAGAGUCCUGCGCCUGUACUUAGAGCUCACGGAGGCAAAAAGUUCUACUGGUUCGAGAAAACAAAGCAGGUGGUUAUUACGUGAAUGUAAGACUGAAAUCACCAGCGGAGUGAGAUGCUCAAGGUGCUGGACACAGCCUUAUUUGAGAAAAAAAAAAAGGGGCAGGUCCUCUAAUUUAAAUAAAAAAAAAAAGAAAGAAAUAAAAAUAAUUCAAAAAAUACCUAAUUAAAUGUAGACACCACUGAACAAGGAAUGUACUGAAAUGAAUUCCCUAGGGAUAGCGCUAAGGGAAAAAAGUAACUUGCACUAAAAUACAUUUAAAUACUUGAUUCCAUGAGUCAGUUUAUUGUAGUUUUUUUUUUUCUUGUUUUUGUUUGUUUUUUUUUUAUUUCUGUAAAAUAAGAGAAACUUUUUGUAUUUAUUAUUGGAUAACUGAAUGAAGCUAUUUUUUAAAAGAAAAAAAAAAAAUUAGAAGAAAGCCGAGCUGCUGCUGUUCCUGCAGAAUUAACAAACCAUGUUACUUUGUACAGACUUGUAAAUAUUUUGCAUAUAAGAACAGUAUAAAAAAAAAAAUAAAAAAUAAAAAAAAAACAUAAAAAAAUUAGUGAUUGACCAAAUGCAGCCAGACUCUGCCGCGGUUUGGGUGCUACUUUUGAAACUAUGAUGGGGAUGUUACAAAAUGACCUUUAAAAUAUUUGCAGUUUUAGGUAGCGAUUAAUUACCGAAUUAUUGAAUAAAAAAAAUAUAUAUAUUUUUGGACAGGGUUAACUGUGGUCUUUCUGUUGAAAACGUACUGGAUAAAAUGCGUGCGUGUUUUUUUUGUUGUUUUUUUCGCCCUACAGCAUAACAUUAAAUGCUAAUAAAUUUAGAUUUUUUUUAUCGAAAUCUCAUCAUUUUGUAACAUCCCUGUUUCUCAAAGUCAGGUUUUUUUGUGCUUAUAAUUUUGUGAUAACUGUGAAUAAUUGCUCAGACUACCCAGACGAGGGCUGAUCCUUUUCCUUUAUUUCUCUUUAUUUUUUAUUUUUUUUCAGAGUGGAAAAUUUAGUAGUCAAAAUAGGUCAUCAUUUAGCUUGUAUCAUUUAACGCAAUGAUAAAAAAAAAAACUUAUAGAAUGGGAAAAUAUAGCAUUUGCUUUAGGUUUAAAUAAAAUGUUGAAAAAAUAUUAAAAGGAUAAUUUACAAUUAGAUGUAAAAACGCUUGUAAUUGCAGGAAUUAUGCCUAUAAGGAUUGGAAAAUCUAAUUUAAGAGUUUGUAAGGAUUUUUUGUUUACAUUUCUUUAAGUAAAAAAAAUUAUAUAUUGUUUUGUGCUUUGCUUGUAGAGACACAAUAGCAUUUUUUUUUCCUUUUUCUUUUUUUUUUUUAACACUUAAAAUUCCGGUACUGACACUUCACAUGCUGAGUAUAAAACAAAGCUUUCGGUGUGCACAAUGGAAACGGCUGUAUGCUCUUGAAAUAUUCAGUCGCACAGUCUUGUAAUGUAUAUGGCAUGAUGUAUUUUUUAUCUUACAGAAGAAAUCAAUUGUAUAUAUUUUUUUCUCUUGAUAAACAGCUGUAUGUUUCUUGAAUAUUUUUUCUUCUUGUAAAAUACCCCGACAUCUUACCAGUAUUUGUCCUACGGUUCUUUUUUUUUUCUGUCCUGUAAAAUAGUAUCUAAUGUUGGCAACAGAAAGAUUUUUUUUUUUUUUGAGUAUAAAGAGUGUUAUGGUUUUUUUUUUUUUGUUUUUUUUUGGAAUUUGUGGAAAACAGAUUUAGAAGAUCAGCAUUUACAAAUAAAAAUAUUUUACAACUAUAACAA